AUGGUUCUAGCGAUAGAAUCUUUCCGGGGAAUAGCUCAGUCUAUCGUCCCAAGCAAAGAUCUCAUCGGUGCAUUUCUAGCUCUCAAUAUCUGUGCCUGUAUCAUCAUCUUAAUCGCACAGAAAUGGAACGCUUCUAGCAAACCAUCAAGAUCUGCUACUCCCGAUCUAGAGAAGCCGGCUUCAAGAUCAGGUAGAGAAAAAGUCACCAGAACGUUUGGAGAAUGGACACCCUCUAGUUUCAAACGACCAAUGGCACAGCCAUAUUCGGACUGGGACGUUCACACGUCCAAGCCAAUUCCCUAUCGACCAUUUCGAUAUGGCUCAAAAUACUUUGUCACGAUGGGACUGCGAAGUAUGAAAUUUGAUGAAUGGAUUGCUAACAUUGUCACCCUGAACCCAGAACUCGACAACCACUAUCUCAAAUACCACGCCGACAAAGCCAAGCGCCUCACAGAGCGCGGCGAUAAAUGCUACGGAACAGCACCCGAAGCCAUGGACGGCGCGAUCGAACUAUUGGAAGAGCUAUGCGACUAUCUCCCAGAAAGAUAUCCAACAAUGUUCCAGAAGACCACAACAGGAAUAACAAACAAGAUAACCCAAGAAACCUUCAAUAUAACCCAACGUCCCCUCCCCGAAGACCCAAUGGCAACAGCCGCCCGCCUUAUCCAAGACGACCUAGCCAUAAUGAUCGAAAAACCAGAUGGAGAAUACUACCUCCUAGCGGGCGCAAUCCUCCUCGCCGGAUUCUGGCGUCUACGCGACAAAUUCGGAAUGCCUUUAUCAGAAAUCCACACAUCAGGCGACGUACCCCAAUACAAAGAAAAACUCGAAAAAGGAAUGAAGAAUUUCUUCCGUCGUCUCAAACCCGAAGAGCCCGUGGUACGGAAUAACUACUUCAUUCAGGUAGAUGACCAGUUAGCCUGGUCACCCAGUAUCGGGUCUGAAGAUGCGGAAGAAGUAUCGUGGAAUACGGCGGAGAAGAAUCGAGCCAUUGAGCAUCAUUUCUUUCGGUCGGAACGACAGUCGUUGAGGCGGUUGCCAAGGUCUGGGGCUGUGGUUUUUACUAUUCGGACGUAUUUUGAGCCUAUUACGGAGAUUGUUAAGCAGGAUUAUGUACCUGGGCGGUUGGCCUCUGCUGUUCGGAGUUGGGGGGAUGAUGUUUCGAGAUAUAAGGGGAAGGAGAAGUAUCAGGAUGUUUUGUUGGAGUACUUGGAUCGGAAACAUGAUGAGCAGGUCGCUGCGGGAUUAAAGGUUGAUCAGGAGGGUGAUGUGCGGAGUUAUCCAUAUUGA